CUUAAGAGUGUGUCACCAAGGACUUUAGUCUGAGUAUAUAAAAGCAGUGAAGCAUGUUUCAGAAAAUCAAAGAGAACCAAAGCAUUUAGUGACUCAACAUCGACUCCAACAAUCAGAAACAGCUUCCUUUUUCGGUCCCUAUACACAGCACUAACCAUGUGGACUUUGCUACUUUUUAUGGUUGCCAUUGGUUUACCAGCUUUAUUUCAUACAGGCCCAGUUCAUGGGCAGGGUGGCAGAUACAGUUUUGCUGGUGUGCUCCACGUUGAAGGGACGAGCAAUUAUUCUUUGACUUUCCAGCAGGCCUUGGAAUUGUGUCAGAGUUUAAACUAUAAACUGGCAACACUGGAGCAGGUCAUUGAAGCUUAUAAAAAUGGGUUGAGAACAUGCAGAUAUGGUUGGAUUGACGGAAAAGUGGUGGCAUUUCUGCCGCACAUUAAUGGUCCAAACUGUGACUCCAGUUCAACUGAUGUGACCGUCCAUUCUGAAGCAGCAACAUAUCUUUCUGAUGUUUACUGUUUUAACCCAUCAGUUGAAAAAACAAAUGAAGAUGUUCUUGAGGAAGCCCUGAUUGAAGGCUUCCUAGUAGAAUUGGAAAAGAAAACCAGAAAUGCGGCAAAAGAAACAAUGCCCGUGGCAAAGACAGACUUAGAAGACACCACAGGUUCUACAAACAAGUUCCGCUUUAGGAGAAGCUCUGUUGUUCCCGUUGUCUUAUUUCCUGAAGAAGAGGGCAGUGGAUCAGGAUUAGACCCUCGGAAAAUAUUAAACGAUUCCGAGCCUCAAUUUACAACAACGCUGCCCACCACAGAGACAGCUGUGACCACAACCAUUAACGAAGAGGUACUAAAAGAGGUUGCUGUGGUUCCAGAACAUAAAAACGAUCCAACACUUCAUACAGAAAAUGUAGGACGAAAGAUUGAUUUGGAAUAUUUACCUUCAACACCAUCCGGUCAUCAGGGGAAGCGAACACCAGCCUGGUUGGUAAUCGUUGCAACCUGUGUGGUUGUUGGGGCCAUACUCUGCAUAUUUGCUGCUAUUGCCACUAAGGACAAGUGGUACGGGCCAAGACGGAGCAAAAACAUCACGCCUGAAAAUUACAGUAAAUCAGCUACUUUGCCACUGUCAGAGAAAGAGAAGGAGAUAGUGACAUUGAUGAAUAUUGCAAUCCUGGAUAAUGAUAAAACUCAGGACAUUAAAGCUAGUCUGGAGGAGCACGAGAAAGAGUAUUUGAUGUAACAGGUGAGGCCAUUGGAGGAAAAUGCUGGACAUGGGAAGCCUGAGCUUUGACUGAACUUGAGAACUUGAGUAUCAACUUGAUACUGUGUACUCCGCAGUACUUUCUAAUUGCACUGAUGUUAUGUUUUUCUGCCCAGAGUCAAUUUUUAGUGCAAUUGCAUUUUUCGUUAUGUUGCCUUAGUAUUUUUUUUAUCCUUUUUUAUUUCUUUUAACUGCAAGGUCCAUUUCUAAGGUGUUAUUUCUCAAUACAUAAUUUCUUAUUUACUGAUGGUUAUGAAUAAUGUGGUGAGAAAACAUGUUGAUUUUAUGGUGGUUUUCAACCUGCACUUGUAAGUACUAUGUACUGUGUGAUGAUUGAUUUUUGAAUAAGGUUCAGAGAAUUUCCCCUUUCUUCAAGAAACGUCCGGUUUGUAUUGUCAUGGUAAAAUAUAUUAUAAAUCUUUCCAUUUUUAACAGGCAUUUCAUAUUUUUUUAAGAACAUUUGUGAAAAUUUAAUGUAUUACAGAUGGUAAAGAUUGAUUAAAAAUACCAAUGAGUUAUAUAUUACAUAUUUUAAUAAUGUAACCAUUACAGAUAGCAAAGUACUUUUUAUAUAUUUCAAUGAACAAAAUAGCGUUUUAUAGAAAAAUGGACAAAAAGACAUUUAAAAAGUGAACACAAUUUCAAGAUGUACAAUGUCUCAAGAAGUGUUGCACAAAUUAAAAUAUCAUGGUGGACAAUUCAUCUAAAUAUAGCUCACAACUAGUCAGUUGUUGUAUCAA